AUGUCAUCGAGAAUACCAUAUCACCGCUAUUCGAACUCUAACCCAUCUAAAUGCCCCUUUUCUUUAAACCCUGCAUGUCUCUCUGAAAAGCAGAUUCCAAAAAUAAAAAUCCCGUCUUCAGAUAUCUCUCAUGAUUCGCCAAGAAACGCUUCAUUUUAUCCAAAUUUUGCCUUUCAAACGUUUGCUUCUAAGCCUCGACAUAAGAGAACAAUAAGUGGUGUAAAUUCCAUAAUAUGUGAGCUUAAUACCCUAACACCCAAAAAUGUUUGAAAUGUGAACGCAGUUUCGUCACGAGCAAUAAAUACCAAUCAAGGAUUUAGUAAGUGCACAGAAUUUUUAAAAUCAAGCCAAGGACAGUCCGAUACGUAUGCAUCCACAGCUUCUGAAGAAGAAUUUAGAGAUUUGCAAAGAACUUCAAGCUCAACCGUUGAUAAUUCUUUACAAAAUACUCCGAGUUCGUCUUAUAAUGAAUUGUCCAAUGAAAUGGCUCUCAUUAAAGCAUCAGAAGAAUAUACUAAAAACUACAAUAACAAUAAAAAAACAGCAGUAAAGCAAAAAAUGCUUGAAAUUUUGAACUUAAGAAAAAAUGAAACUGAGAGAUAUAAAUUUAGAUUGCAAAUCGUCAGACAAAUACAUAAAGAACAAUGGGAUAGGAAAUUAAUUAUUGCAUUUAGAGAAAGUGAUAAAAAAGAUUUUGGAAUCUAUUGCAAUGAAUCAGGAACGUUAUUGAAGAUUACUGAUGGAAGGAAAUUCCCAGAAAGAUUAUUGAUUUCAGAAAUGAAAAUCGCUUAUUAUUUUGAUGUAAAAGAAUGUAGAUUAGUACAGUGUGCGCCAAGUAAAAGCGUAGAUGCAGUUGUUUUGAUCUAA